AUGGAACAUUGUGGACGAUAUGUUUUACAACAGACACAAGUACACAUAACACAUACACAUACAUGUACACGUACACACAGAUGAUAUGGUAGUGCGCGCACAGGCACGCAUUACGAGUUCUCUUGGGAAAAUUGGGGACAUGUAAAUAUAUAGAAAUAAUGCCAUAACUACGAAAUUAUAUGAAUAAAGUAUUGAAACUGUGUAAGAGUCUGCUUUCGUACCUUUCCAGAUGGCUAUGAUUUAAAAAACUAUAAAUGUCGGAAAGUUACACUUGUAAAAGUUAACCGUUGAAAUUUAUUAUAGUUUGGAGUUUUUUAAGAUAAUACGAAAUUUAAGAUAAUACAUCAUUUGCUAAAUUUGAGACUUAUAAUAUUUGUACAUUCAUUUUAUUAAACUGAUUAUAAAAAGUAAUUUUUAUAAUCAGUUUGAAUUCGCCUUAGAUUUAAAUACUAUUCACUACGUUAUACAAGUAAGAUUAUAUUUUUAAUUAAAUAUUAUAAAUUUCUUAGUAUAGUAAUUGUUUGAAUAAAUAAAACAUUAUUAGUUACAAUAAUAAUUUCAGGAAUAUCGCAUAUCAAUUAAAAAUUUUAUAUUAACGCAAUUUUGAAUGCAGCUUAAAGGUUAUGUUUAUCAAAAAUUGUUAGUAAGUAUAGGUUAAUAACACAGGUCAACAAGUACUAUAUAUUCUUGAUUAUAAAAAAAUAACAGCAAUGAUCAUUAAUUAAUAUUUAUGAAUUGACUAUUUCUAAUAACAUAUCAAAUAAAUAUUUUUAAAUUGUAUAUCAAUUAAACUACGGACAAUAGUAACAAUUGUAAUGAUAAGAAGUUUACAGUGACUAAAAAUUCAAAAACGUAUUUUCCAUUCUCUUUUAUAAAAUUAAUUUUAUUUAAUAUAAUGAAUAUAAUCCUGUGAAUAAAAUGAAUGGAUUAUUUAAUUGAAAAUCAUUAUUUAGAAAAAUGCCAGAUAUCAAAGUAACCCCUUUGGGGGCUGGUCAAGAUGUUGGAAGAAGCUGCAUUCUUGUAUCAAUGGGUGGAAAGAACAUUAUGUUGGAUUGUGGCAUGCACAUGGGUUUCAACGAUGAAAGAAGAUUCCCAGAUUUUUCAUAUAUAAUCCCAGAAGGUCCUGCAACUAAUUACAUUGAUUGUGUAAUUAUUUCACACUUUCAUUUAGAUCACUGUGGUGCUCUCCCAUAUUUUACAGAAAUGGUGGGUUAUACUGGACCAAUUUAUAUGACACAUCCAACAAAAGCCAUUGCACCAAUCUUACUUGAAGAUAUGAGGAAAGUUGCAGUAGAACGUAAAGGAGAAAGUAACUUCUUCACUUCACAAAUGAUAAAAGACUGUAUGAAAAAAGUUAUUGCUGUUACAUUGCAUCAAUCUGUAAUGGUUGACUCAGAAUUGGAAAUAAAAGCAUAUUAUGCAGGACAUGUACUUGGUGCUGCAAUGUUCUGGAUUAGAGUUGGUUCACAAUCAAUUGUAUAUACUGGAGAUUACAAUAUGACUCCUGAUAGACAUUUAGGUGCUGCAUGGAUAGAUAAAUGUAGACCAGAUUUAUUAAUAUCAGAGUCAACAUAUGCAACAACUAUUAGAGAUUCUAAAAGAUGUAGAGAAAGAGACUUUUUAAAGAAAGUUCAUGAAUGCAUAGAUAGAGGUGGCAAGGUAUUAAUUCCUGUAUUUGCUCUUGGACGUGCACAAGAAUUAUGUAUAUUAUUAGAAACAUACUGGGAGAGAAUGAAUUUAAAAGUUCCUGUAUAUUUUGCUUUAGGAUUAACUGAAAAAGCUAAUAAUUAUUAUAAAAUGUUUAUUACUUGGACUAAUCAAAAAAUUAAAAAAACUUUUGUACAAAGAAAUAUGUUUGAUUUUAAACAUAUAAAACCAUUUGAUAAAGCAUAUAUUGAUAAUCCGGGAGCUAUGGUAGUAUUUGCUACCCCAGGCAUGUUGCAUGCAGGAUUAUCUUUACAAAUUUUUAAAAAAUGGGCCCCAAACGAAGCAAAUAUGGUUAUUAUGCCUGGGUUUUGUGUUCAGGGUACUGUUGGACAUAAAGUUUUAAAUGGUUCUAGAAGAAUUGAAUUUGAGAACCGACAGAUUGUCGAAGUUAAAAUGGCAGUAGAAUAUAUGUCUUUUUCUGCACAUGCAGAUGCAAAAGGUAUUAUGCAAUUAAUACAGUAUUGUGAACCAAAAAAUGUUAUGCUUGUACAUGGAGAAUUUGCUAAAAUGGAAUUUUUAAAAGAAAAAAUAAAACAAGAAUUUGGAACCAACUGUUAUAACCCUGCAAAUGGGGAAACAUGUGUUAUCACAACCAUUGCUAAAGUGCCAGUAGACGCUUCCUUAGCAUUAUUAAAAUCUGAAGCCAAAAGGUAUUCAGCUUUGCCACCAGAUCCUAAACGACGAAGAUUACUUCACAGCGUUUUAAUGCUACGAGAAGAUGGAGUGUGUCUUGUAGACGCAGAUGAAGUGACAAAAGCUGCAGGUAUAACCAAACAUAUAGUACGAUUUACGUCCACUGUGCAAGUAAGAGACCCUGGUCCAGCACAUUCAACAACUUUAAAAUUAUUACAACCAUUAAAAGAGAGAUUAUCAGGUUGGACAGUUCAAUUAACAGACGGAUCAAUAUCUGUUGAAUCUGUUUUAGUAAAAGUAGAAGGUGAUGAAGAUGAUCAAAAAAGUGUGUAUGUUUCGUGGACAAAUCAAGAUGAAGAUUUAGAAGGAAAGGUUCCAGAAUCUCAUACUUUAAUUUGCAUACCUGUGAAUUUGCGCCGUUUUGCCAUGGGUUUCUUAGUGGACUGUCAGAACAAUCAAAAUAACAAAAUUGUUAUUCAUUGUAAUAGCAUGAGAUUUCGUACGUCAAAGCAAAUAUUCUUAUUAAUCGUAGAAUCAUGA